AAUUUUAAGUGAAUUAUAUAUCUUAGUUUUUAAUUAGUACAAUGCCAGCUACUCAUUUAUUGCAUAAAAGCUAUAGACAAGGAGAGGGUUUGAUAUAGAUAAGAGAGAGAGAGAGAGAGAGAGAGCUAGGGUAGAAGAGAAUGGAAGAAGAUGAGGUUCAAGAAAUAAAAGACAUGUCUCUAGAGGAAAAAGACUUGAUUCACCGGCUUUAUCGUCUUUUAGGAGACAGGUGGGAGAUGAUAGCAGGAAGGCUUCCUAACAGAACUGCAGAAGAAGUGGAGAAGUAUUGGAAGAUGAAAGAGAUUGAGAACUUUGAGAAGAAUAAAAUUUACAAACCAAUUUGCAUCAGACUUGGCCCAUCUUUCAAGUUCUCCAUGAACAAUUAAGAACAAAUUAAAAGCUAUUGUUAUGUUUAUUCCUUAUGAAGGACUUAUUUUCAUCGCUUGGUAAUCUUUAUGUAUGAUAUAUAAAUGUUUUUGACAUUCAA